UUUCAUUCAUCCAAGGGUAGCCGGGCCCAGGAUACCAUCGGCCCUAUUAGGUUUCAUUUAAAACAGAGUUCAUUGUCUUGAUAUUGAACACUGAAACAAAACAGUAGUUGUCUCCCCCUUUUUUCUUUUUUUUUUUUAUAAAUAUAAUUGAGCCUCAAUGUUGGGGCUACAUCAGCAGGUGGGCCAGGCUGUGAAUUUUCAGAAUGCACCUCUGCGAGGCACAGCGCAGUAGGCAGUGAUGGUUCUCCUCACCACCAAAACUAUGCAAAGGACAGCAGUCUUUGUCACCUUUGGGGGACUGCUGACCUCUUUCAUCACCACCUUCCUUCCACUGUGGAAGACAAUGAAUUCAGACUUGAACGAAAUGGAAAACUGGUACUCGGGACUGUGGCACAUGUGCCUCUACACGGAGGAGGUUGGCGUGCAGUGUAAGGCCUACGAUUCCUUGCUGGGACUUCCUGUGGACCUGCAGAUCUCCAGAGUGCUCAUGUUGGUGUCCAUAUGCACUGGCGGUUUGGCUCUGCUCUUCGCCCUGCCAGGACUGGAUGGGGUACACGUGUGUUUGGACAAGUGCGCCAAGAGGAGAAGCUUCCUGAUCCUGGCCGGGGUGCUGUCCUGGGUGGCUGGGAUCACCACACUUGCUCCGGUGUCCAUCGUGGCGUACACCACUGUUGUGGAAUUUUGGAAUCAAGGUUUUCCUGACGUGAUGCCGCGCUGGGAGUAUGGAGAGGCUAUCUUCUCUGGUUGGUUUGGAGGUUUGGCUUUGGUCACCGGGGGCACUUUGUUUUUCAUAGCUGUGUGCAUGGCCGACUAUGAGCUGCGGACAACAAGUGUGACCAACAGUCCACACGUAACGCACAGGAUACGACAAUAUCGCAAGACCGAGGUUCUGUAAAACGUGUCACAAAAAAAUUCUAAUUAGAAAAUCGCGUUUGACUUUACUGAAUUGAAUCGUUACAUUAAAAUGCGACUUGGACUCAUGUGAGCUUGUGGACUUGGUUGAUGUCUUAUUUUUUAUUUCUGUAUAUUGAUUAUACUGUGACAUAUGUUUUAGAUUUUUUUUUUUUCAUUUUUAAGCAAUUGAAUUCCAGAUAAUUAUGACAAAGCAAUGGAUUCAAAUGUGACAACUGAGUGACUGUGA